CUAGCGUUUUCAGGGUUCAACCGACGUCACUUUGCAAACAGAGCCACAGACGCGUCUCAAACGGGCUGACGGACUUUUGUGCCCUUCGAUCAUCCGCUCUACCAUGCCGCCAUCCAAGGCCGAACCUGUUACCAAGGCCAACACCGACGCCACCUACACCCCGGAGAUAUUCCCUCCAGACGAGGAAAAGAAGCUCCUCGAGGAGUCGAUUACAGAAAAGGCGACCGCAAACAAGACGUUCACGUCUGGCGAAUAUAACACAGCAAUACAGGGGUAUGAGAAAGCUCUUGCCGUUUGCCCAUCAUACCUCGAGUAUGAUAUUGCCGUUCUCCGCUCGAACAUCUCAGCAUGCCACAUCAAGCUAGAGGAGUGGAAGGAAGCCGUUGAGUCGGCCACGAAAGCCCUGGAUGCACUAGAUAUGGUCGACCCGCCACCAGCCAAAGAAGCAGGCGAAAAUGGCCGAGGAGAAGCAGUGGGUGGUGUGAGCGAGAUCGACGACAGCACCGAGAUACUCCUCGAAGCCCUCUCGCGCACUGGGCACGGUAUCAACGACGUCCACAAGCUCCGCACCAAAGCCCUGUUAAGGCGGGCGAAAGCACGACACGAAGUUGGUGGCUGGGCGUCGUUGCAGGGCUCGCUUGAAGACUACCAGGCCCUGUCAAAAUCGCCUCAUCAGUUGUCUAGCUUGGACCAGAGGGCUGUGCAGGCUGCGAUGAGGACGUUGCCCACGGAGUUGAACACUGCGAAGGACAAGGAGAUGGCAGAGAUGAUGGGGAAUUUGAAGAAGCUGGGUAACGGGAUUUUGAAGCCCUUUGGGCUGAGUACCGAUAACUUCCAGUUCCAGCAAGACUCCAAGUCUGGAGGGUACAGCAUGAACUUCAAUCAGAACCCUGGGAAAUGAGCAGUUCUGAGUUGGAACUCAAAGUGAUCAUCUGUUUGGUAGUUUGUUGGGGCCUAUGUCCAUCUGCAAGAGAUACCCUGAGAUACGAAGUCUUC